AUGAUCAAGGUCCCCAGCGUGGCCGCCCUGAUGCUGAAGAUGGACCACGACUAUGGUCACGACGCUCCCCUGAACGGCAUCGUGGCCAUGCAGGGGCUGGUUUCCAAAACACGCACCGAGGAGAUGCUGCAGUGGGUGGUCGGAUGCAUUGACCAGUACUUUGAGUGUGGCUACUUGGUCAAGGGGGAGCUCACCACUCGGCAGAUCAACCCUGCUGGCGGCACUAAGGGUACAGUCGACCUUUUCAUGUACAAGAAAGACAUCUCCGAGCACUUGCUCGGUGGCUUCCUCGAUGAAUUGGUGGAUGACCAUGACAUCAGAAGAGAAAUUCGGAAACGUUUGGCGAGCCACUCCUGCCACCACAAUUACUUCGGAUGGCCUCGCGAUGCCGAGGCUACGGACCUUACCUGGUACUCGGCCUGGGCUGAGGGCUGCCGGGAGGUGCUGAGCUACGGCGCCUUUGAGACUUUGGUGCAGGAACUCAAGAGUGCCAUCGAGAAAGAUCGCAAGGCCAGCGGGCAGGAAUUGCCGGGAACUGCUCCGGCAGCACCCGCUCAAGCUUUCAAGGAUGCGACGGACAUCCCCGAACACAUCUUGUCUGCCAGCCUGGACGAUCUUGAUAGCGAUGAGGAUAAGAUCUUGAAGUACCGAGCCAUGGCCAUGCACGAAGUCAAGACCCGCAUCAAGCUCAUCGUCGAGCCGAGCUCCGACGAGGCCUUCGCCACAGCUAUAGCUGAUACUUCAAUUGGGCAGCUUCGCGGUGACAGCCAGAAGAAAAUCCUGUGCCUCUACGACAUCAAGAAAAGCGGCGAAUCGGUGACGGCUCCGCAUCUCAGACCGCCGUCCUUUCGCAAGGAGCACGCCCAAAAAGGUCUGAGAGCUGUGAUGGCAUCGCGGGGAAGGAGUGAGGAGAUGCACGAAGGAGAUGUCUUCUUCGUGUACGAUGCUGGCAAAAUGGGUAACGAGAGGGCCAUCAGCAGUUUGCUCUGCACGAACGAGGGCAAGCGUAUUGCCCACGACAAGCGGAAUAUCUUCUUGAUCUACACCGAGGUGGAGAUCCUGUACAUCUUCACGAAAAGCAAUUUGGAGCUGGCCGAAGCGAAGCACCCGAUCUAUGGCGGCAGCACCGCUGGGAAUCUCGUCGGCCCCAUCCAGCUUGAGAGUUUCCAGGAUUGCACUUGGCAAACAACCUUUGAGGAGAAGAAGAAAAUGCUGGGGAGCUUCCGAGUGGCCGUUGGUGGGACGACGGACGGUGCUGAUUCGACCCCACGCCCCAUGUUCAAGAACAGCGAGCUCAAGUACAAGAAGCAGCACGGGGCCGCUGAAAGCUGUGACGGGGAGUAUGAGCCUUUCAGCUUUCAUGGACUUCCAUGCGACUACUACAAGGACAUGAUGAGGACCUGGAACCCCAAGUGCAUCGUGGACCUCACCGCGGGUGACUUGGCGGCAGCGUUCGUGGCAAUCGAACUCAAGUUGCCGUACCUCGGUGUGAUGUUCAGUGAAAAGCACCUCACGGAAGGCUACAAGCACAUCGCGGACAUGACUUUCCGUGCCAUGUCCGAGGAGUCCUCUCCGUUGUAUGAGCCUAAGCUGGCUGCUCUGCUGAAUCCUGGUGGCACUGACAAUGCCAAAGGCAGAGGACGUGGCAGGGGAAAGGGACGUGGCCGGGGUCAGAAUCAGCAGGAAGGCACCGGCACCGGUGGCAACAACCAGGAGGAGGUGGAUGUCUUGCACGGCGGGGGGCCAGAGGGUCAGGUUGAGACUCAGACUCCGGGAUCGGCGGAUGCAGGAGGCUCCAAUGCCAAUGCCAAUGAGAGCCAGGGCGGAAGCGGCAGCGAGCCGAAAAAAAAGAAGCAACGCACUGGCACAGCGAGUGCCAGCGGUCCCGCGGGCGGUGGCAAUCAGACCAGUCUUGACCACCUCAUGAAUCAGUUGAAGACUCUGCGCAGUGGCAAGUGA